AUGCCGACCAUUCUCUCACUGAUGAUGCUACUAAAAAAGCUUUGGAGGACAUUGAGUCCAAGCUCAUUAGCCUUGGUCACCUUGCUGGUCAACUUGGAGGAUUUGUUGGUGAGAGUGAGAGUGUUAAGAAAGCCGUUAAGAAUGCUAUUAAAGCUUGUUUCGACAAUAAUUCCGACCUUAAAAAUGACCUAA